AUGAGUAGUUGUAACUCGAUUAGUACUACAGUUGGUCUAAAAGUAAGGUUGACAGUGGAUCCUAAAGGAAAGAAGGUUAAUAGCACUUUAUUUGAAAGAUCAUUUGGAAACUUAUUGUAUUUAACUGCUUCUAGACCAGACAUAGCAUAUGUUAUGAGUUUAGUUAGUAGAUGUAUAGGAUGUUCAACCGAAUAUCAUCUUAUUGUUGCAAAAAGAGUGUUGCGUUAUGUGAAGGGUGCCACUGAUUUUGAUAUCUUUUAUAAGAAAGUAGGAAAAUCAGAUCAUAUUGAUUUCAGUGACAGUGAUUAUGCAGGGGUUUUGAGGGAGGAGGAAUUGUCCUCGUGA